GCAUGUAUUCACAUCACUCACAGCAGAGUCACCUCCCUAACCUCCCACUCUUCCAGUGGUAGGGGGAUGUGACGGAUCUAAGCCCGAUUAGACUUCUUAUACGCGACUUGAGCGGUGAACACUAACCAGUUAUCAUGGGGGGGCACCGUGUGGAUUGGUCUUUUUUACUGCAGGCGAAAUAGUGCGCGUGACCCUACCCUGCAUCUUUCUUUUCGGUGCACUAGUAGCUGUACGCGCCAAGCCCCUUCUUAUACCCACGCCCGCCCACUUCAACCUCCCAGCAAAAUACACACACGCGCGCACGCAGUCCCGCACGAACUAAAGGCUCCCACACACACACACACACAGGGCUUUUGAUCUCCACGUCCCGAGGAAGAAAGCUAGCCCGUCCGGCCGGCCGGAAAUGUUCCGCCAUUCCUCGUCGGCGCCUUCGUACGGCGACGCCUACAUGCAGGCGGCCCUGGCCGCCGCCGUCCCGACCCAGAUCCCUCGCCCUUCCGUCGGGGGGUACUUCGACGGCGGCAAUGUCGGCGGAGCGUUCCCUCCCUUGGCCGCGGCCUCGUCUCCGCCGUCGUCCUACUCGUCGUCGCUCCAGUCGUCCUACUACAACAACAUCCACAGGAGCAUCAGCGCGCACUCGCUCCCGCUCCCGCUCCACAUCCAGCUCGGCGACAGCCUCGGGGGCGGCGGCGCAUUCUUCUCGUCCUCGUCGCCGUCCCCUCACCAGCAGCUGUCUUUGCCUCCCAUGUCCUCCUCCCCGUCCUCCUCCUGCGGCGACCUGUACGAUUUCAGCAGCUCGGCUUGCACAGUCCGCCGCGUCUUCAGCACCGGCGAUCUCCAGGGGAUGAACGGAUCGUCGCCGGUGCCGUCGGGCGACAGCUGCGGCCAAGACGCCGGAGGAGGCCCGUUCUCGCACAAGGUCGGCCGAUACAGCGCCGAGGAGCGCAGGGAGCGGGUCGAGAGAUAUCGCCUGAAACGCCACCAGCGGAACUUCACCAAAAAAAUCACUUACGCCUGCAGGAAGUCGCUGGCCGACAGCCGGCCGAGGGUGAAGGGCCGGUUCGCGAGGAACGGCGGCGAGGCGGAGGCGGAGGCCGACGACAGGGAGGCGUCCGACAACAGCUACGACUACUGCGGGUACAGCGAGCCCAGCAACCAGAGCACCGGGAACAGCCGCCGCUACCACGGCCAGCAGCAUGUCACGGACGACAGCGUCUGCAACGGCGGCGCUGCAGCGUUCGCCGGAGCCGGCGACAAUGGCGACUGGUGGUGGCGGGCGCCGGGGGCGGAGGGGCCGCGGCAGGUCGGCUUCGACGUCGACGAGGAGAUGUGGGCCACCCUGGGCGACAUGCUGUCCGUGAACCUGGCAUCGUAGUAGGCGAUGGAUGGGUCGGUGGAGCCGUUAGUGGUUUUUGGUGGGGUCCGUCGGGCGCACCAGACGGCAGCACUAGCAUCGCCCGGUCAGGUCAGGUCAGGGACAGGGUGGCGGCUCAGCUCAGCUGCACAGUGUGGCCAUGGAGGAGCGAUCGAGGUCACAGUGGCGCCCGUUGACCUUGUCCCCUCUGGGGCUGUAUUAUUGUAACCUUUAGCCAGAAACAUCAUGAGAGUCGUCGGAGACAAAAGGAGAGAGACCCAUCGCCGGCCGGCCUUCUCGUGUUAGACUUUGAUGAGAACAGCUUCGCUUGUGUGUUCCGUGAGUUCCCGGUUACGUACUUCCGUGUAUAAAAAAAGGGUUGAAAAAAAUCAUCCGCCCCACUCCCGAUCGAGUCCAAGUGCAUGCAUGC